UAUACAUACAUCAAAAUGGGUGAUCGCAAGCGUAAGAUCGUUCUAGACGACAGUCCCAACCAUGUCAAGAAGGGUGUUAACGACUUUAAUCCGUUAACGGGGCGUGUAUUCACACCCAGGUACCACCAAAUCCUUGAAGGUAGGAAAAAAUUACCUGUGUGGGAACAGAAGGAGGAUUUCUUGAAGAAAAUGGCUGAGAACCAAUGUUUGGUAUUAGUAGGAGAGACAGGCUCUGGUAAGACGACCCAGAUCGCCCAGUGGUGUUUGGAUUUGCCUGGACGUACUCCGAAGGGACUUGUGGCUUGUACUCAGCCCCGUCGUGUGGCAGCCAUGUCUGUAGCCACGCGUGUGGCUCAAGAGAUGGAUGUAAUGCUGGGUGAGGAGGUGGGCUACACCAUCCGUUUUGAGGACUGCACAUCCAACAAGACACGUCUGAAGUACAUGACAGACGGUAUGCUUCUGAGAGAGGCUAUGGCCGACCCACUGCUGGAACGGUACAACUGUCUGAUCCUGGAUGAAGCCCACGAAAGGACUCUAGCCACAGAUCUGUUGAUGGGUCUGUUGAAGGAAGUUGUGGCCCAGCGACCGGAUCUCAAACUCAUUGUCAUGAGCGCAACACUGGAUGCCGCCAAAUUCCAAACAUACUUCCAGAACGCUCCUCUGAUGCACAUUCCCGGUCGAACCCAUCCCGUGGAGAUCCUGUACGUACCUGAGCCAGAGAGAGAUUACUUGGCUGCGGCGGUGCGAACUGUGGUACAAAUACACUUGUGCGAGGGCGAAGGAGACAUCUUACUGUUCCUUACGGGUGAGGAAGAGAUUGAAGAUGCGUGCCGCAAGAUCAAAGCAGAAGUGUCGGCUGCUGGGCCCGAUGCUGGUGAUGUUCUGGUGAUCCCAUUGUACUCGUCGCUGCCACCUAACAUGCAGCAGAAAGUAUUCGAUAAGGCUCCCCCAAAUAAGGCCAACGGUGCAGUGAGUCGUAAGAUAGUGGUGUCCACAAACAUCGCUGAAACGUCCCUUACCAUCGAUGGAGUGGUGUUUGUCAUUGAUCCUGGAUUUGCCAAGCAGAAGGUGUACAACCCGCGUGUGCGCGUGGAGUCGCUCUUAGUGAGUGCCAUCUCCAAAGCAAGCGCUCAACAGCGUGCUGGUCGUGCCGGACGUACCAAACCCGGGAAAGCCUUCCGACUGUACACCGAAAAAUCCUUCAAAAAUGAGCUUCAGGAACAAACCUAUCCCGAAAUUCUGAGGUCAAAUCUGGGCAGUGUGGUGCUCCAGCUGAAGAAAUUGGGUAUUGAUGAUCUUGUCCACUUCGACUUUAUGGACCCACCUGCACCCGAAACCCUCAUGCGUGCUCUGGAGCUGCUUAACUACUUGGGUGCCCUGGAUGACGAUGGUGAUUUGACCGAGAUUGGCAUGAAGAUGGCGGAGUUCCCUCUAGAUCCAGAGAUGUCACGUAUGUGCGUUGCUGCUCCGGGUCUCAAAUGCUCGAACGAAAUCCUGUCCAUUGUUUCUCUACUGUCCGUUCCUCUGAUCUUCAUGCGACCCAGUGACUGCCGGAAACAGGCCGAUGAAGCCAAACUGCAAUUCUGCCACCAAGACGGAGACCACUUGACCCUUCUGAAUGCUUAUCACGCGUACAAGAUGCACGAGGCUGCAUUCGUAUGUGCUUACAACAACUUCCUAAAUCAAAGGUCGCUGAAAUCGGCGGACAAUGUGCGAUCACAGCUGUCCCGUAUCAUGCAACGUCAAGGCUUAGAGGUGGUGAGCCAGGACUCUACUUCACGCUCAUACUAUGUGAAUAUCCGCAAGGCUAUCCUUUCUGGAUUCUUCAUGCACGUGGCCCAUUUGGAGCGCAGCGGACACUAUCUCACAGUCAAAGAUAACCAGGUGGUACAACUGCACCCGUCAACCACACUCGACCGCAAACCCGAAUGGGUGCUCUACCACGAGUUCGUGCUGACCACCAAGCAUUACAUCCGAACGGUCACGGAUAUCAAAGCGGAAUGGCUCAUUGAGGUUGCCCCUGGAUACUACGAUAUGCAGAACUUCCCCAAGUGCGAAGCCAAACUGGUACUAGAG